GGCGGCAUUUCCACUUGGCGCACUCCUCAAGUGAGGUGGUUGUUAUGGAUCUGGUCGGGGUGUACGUUGGGGUGGACGGUCAGCGUCGGGAGGUGCGGGUGCCCUGCGAGGCUCCAGGUGACCCUGAUCCAUUCCGUGGACUGUUGGUGAGCAUUGCCCGGAUGAAGGACCUGGUACUCGAGCUCCUCCACAGCCCUGAGCAGCCAGCAGAGGAGGAAGCCAUGAUGGUGGAGCCAGAGGCGGCCGAGGACGAGGCUCGCCAGGACAGGGAUCAGAACAUGUGAUCAUACUACGUGGGAACCAGCUGAGCUCUUACCACCUGAGCUAGCCAGCCAGCCCUCGUAUUAUUUCAGAUGGGAUCGUACCCCAGCAGCUAUCCUGAAAUCCUCAAAUCUGUUUCUUUGACUUGGUGCCAUAUUGUUAAGCACCUUGCAAGCCAAUAAAUAUGCAUCUUUAUCACUCAU